AUCAGACGAAGCGUCCUCCUGGAGCGGGUAUAUGGGGAAGAUGUUUGUGGCGGCAUCAACCUACCUCCCAGCUCAGGUGUCAGACAUGAUGAACCAGGACCGUGCGUUCGCCACUGUGCGCCUCACCUUCUCCGGGCACAAGAACACAUGCACUUUGGUGACAAUUCAGAAACUUCCCCGUCUCCUGGUUGCCUCAUCCAAUGGCCAUCUCUACAUCUAUAAUGUGGACCCGCAGGACGGGGGCGAGUGUGUCCUGAUCAAGAAACAGAG